AUGAAGCUUGUGGUUCGUGUGAUUGAGGCAAAAAACUUGGCCGCCCCGGAUUCCGAUGAUUUUGGGGACCUGUACGUACGGGUACAGUUGGGAAAGCAAAGGUACAAGACAAAGGUGGUGACGAGUUUCAAACCAAAGUGGGAUGAAGAGUUUACUUUUUGGGUUGAUGACCUUAAAGAAUCGCUUGUUGUCACUGUCAUGGAUGAAGACAGAUUCUUUAAUCAUGACUAUGUAGCACGGCUUAAAGUGCCUAUCUCUCUUGUUUUUGAUGAGGAAAUUAAAUCCCUUGGCACUGCAUGGUAUUCUUUGAAACCCAAAAACAAGAAGUCCAAGAUCAAGGAUUGUGGUGAGAUUCAUUUGAGUAUAUUCCUGUCCCAAAACAAUGCAUCUGUGGAGUCAAAUGGCAUUAGUGAUCAGUUAUCACGUUCAAGAAAAUAUGUUGAUGCAAUUACUAUUUCCCCUUCAAGAUCUUCCACUGGCCGUUCAAACUCAUGUUCUCCCAUAAGGGAUGUAAGGGAAGAAGUUACAUCUUCCAAUUCUAAGGAGGAUAAAUUGUGUACACAAAAAACAUUUGCGGGCCGAAUUGCUCAAAUUUUUAAUAAAGGUUAUGAUUUGUCUUCAAUUUCAAUGCAAUCCAAUAGAAGCGCUGACUCGGACCAAUCUGAAACAAACAGAGUUGAAGUUGAUGAGAUCAAGAAUGAGGAUCAGUCCUCUAAUGAAACUUUUGAAGAAGCUCUGAAAAAAAUUCAGUCCGCAGAUCAAGGAAGUGAAGUUCCUAGCAAUUUACCGGGAGGGGUGCUUAUUGAUCAAUUGUAUAUAAUUGCACCAGAAGACUUGAAUGUAUUACUAUUUUCACCCACUUCUGAUUUUCCUAAGUCAUUGGCAGAUGUACAGGGUACUACAGACGUGCAAUGUGGUCCUUGGAAGUUAGAGAAUGGCGGGGAGACCAUGAAAAGAUCACUUACUUACAUCAAAGCUGCCACUAAAUUAAUUAAGGCUGUCAAAGGCUACGAGGACCAGACAUAUUUAAAAGCUGAUGCGAAGAAUUUUGCUGUUCUGGCCAGUGUCAGCACCCCAGAUGUUAUGUAUGGUAGCACCUUUAGGGUAGAAGUACUUUAUCUGAUCACAUCAGGACCAGAAUUAUCAUCAGGAGAACAGUGUUCACGUCUGGUGAUAUCAUGGCGAAUGAAUUUUAUACAGAGCACCAUGAUGAAAGGAAUGAUAGAAAAUGGUGCUCGACAAGGUAUGAAGGAUAGCUUUGAUCAGUAUGCCAUAUUGUUAUCUCAGACUGUGAAGCCUGUUGACUCAAAGGACCUUGGUUCUAGCAAGGAACAAGCUUUGGCAUCAUUACAGGCAGAGCCCCAGUCAGACUGGAAGCUGAUAGCGCAGUAUUUUGCAAACUUCACCUUUGUCUCAACAUUUUUAAUGGCAUUGUACGUGUUUGUCCAUAUUUAUUUGGCUGUACCUGGCUCAGUUCAAGGGCUUGAGUUUGUUGGGCUAGACUUGCCAGAUUCAAUUGGUGAAUUUGUUGUCUGUGCUAUCUUGGUUCUUCAAGGUGAACGAGUACUAGGUUUAAUCUCGUGCUUCAUGCAGGCCAGAGCACGAAAGGGUAGUGAUCAUGGAAUUAAGGCACAGGGAGAUGGAUGGAUGCUAACUGUGGCCUUAAUUGAAGGAAGCAAUUUAUCUGCGGUUGAUUCUAGCAGGUUCAGUGAUCCGUAUGUGGUAUUCACUUGCAAUGGAAGAACAAGAACAAGCUCAAUCAAGUUCAAGAAAUCUGAUCCUUUAUGGAAUGAAAUAUUUGAAUUCGAUGCGAUGGAUGACCCUCCUUCUGUGCUAGAUGUGGAAGUUUAUGAUUUUGAUGGACCCUUUGAUGAGGCUGCAUCUCUAGGACGUGCUGAAAUCAACUUCCUUAAAACAAAUAUUUCAGAUCUUGCUGAUAUAUGGGUUUCUCUUGAUGGAAAGUUGGCUCAAGCAUGUCAGUCUAAGUUGCACUUAAGAAUUUUCUUGGACAACACUAUAGGUGGGAAUGUUGUAAAACACUACAUAAGUAAAAUGGAGAAAGAGGUGGGGAAGAAGAUUAAUGUGCGGUCUCCUCAAGCAAAUUCAGCCUUUCAGAAACUCUUUGGGCUUCCACCUGAGGAAUUUCUCAUCAAUGACUUCACCUGUCAUUUGAAAAGAAAGAUGCCCCUGCAGGUGCGAUUGAUUUGUUACGUGGUGUUGAAAGGCCGCCUGUUUGUUUCAGCUAGAAUAAUUGGAUUUCAUGCAAAUAUGUUUGGACACAAGACAAAAUUCUUUUUGCUUUGGGACGAUAUCGAAGAUAUUCAGGUCAUUCCUCCAACAUUUUCAUCAAUGGGCAGUCCAAUAAUUGUCAUAACUCUUCGGCAGGGAAGAGGUAUGGAUGCAAGGCAUGGUGCAAAAACACAAGAUGACAAAGGCAGACUGAAAUUCCAUUUCCAGUCCUUUGUGUCUUUCAAUGUUGCAAACAGGACUAUUAUGGCUCUAUGGAAGGCCAGAUCCUUGACUCCCGAACAGAAGGUCCAGUUAGUUGAAGAAGACUCUGAGACCAAAGGCCUUACCAGUGAAGAGGGUGGGUCAUUCCUUGGUGUCGGUGAUGUUAGCCUGUCUGAAGUUUAUUCUUGUGCUCUUGCAGUUCCUGUAAUCUCUCUCUCUUUGGAAAUUAUUGGUUCCUUCAGUUUCUUGAUGGAGCUAUUCAAUGGGGGUGAGGUGGAUCGUAGGAUCAUGGAAAAAUCUGGUUGUGUUAAUUAUUCUUAUACCCCUUGGGUAUCUGAGAACAGGGAUGUUUAUGAGAGGGCAGUAUAUUACAAGUAUGAGAAGCGUAUUUCACAUUAUAAAGUUGAAGUAACAAGUACCCAACAAAAAUCACUUUUGGACGGAAAGGGUUGGCUUUUGGAAGAGGUUAUGAACUUCCAUGGAGUUCCUCUUGGCGAUUAUUUCAAUAUGCACCUUCGCUAUCAAAUUGAUGACGUACCCCAAAAAGCAAAUACUUGUAAGGUUCAGGUAUCGGUUGGAAUUGAAUGGCAAAAAAGUUCAAAACAUCAGAAAAGAAUUGCAAAGAACAUCGUGAAAAAUAUGCAAGAACGAUUGAAGCUAACAUUCGGUCUUGUUGAGAAGGAGUUUUUGGCUAAAUAA